AAAUAAGAGCACGCACACGCCAAUUCUCAUCCUCUUCUCUUCGCGUUUUCAGACAACAACGAUGGAUUCGCAUAACGUCGUCUUCUUCCUCCUCUGCCUCUUCUUCGUGUCGCCUCUCCUAUUAGGGGAAAGUGUGGUUGAGGGUCGAGAACAUGAACAACGUCAUCCGAACAGCCACUUGUACGAUUUCAAGCCGACGAAGCUGUUUGUGUUCGGAGAUUCCUACGCCGACACCGGAAACAUAAGGAAGUCUCUGUCGGAUUCCUGGAGAUUCCCUUACGGCAUCACUUUUCCGGGCAAACCCGCCGGUCGUUUCUCCGACGGUCGUGUCUCCACCGAUUUCCUCGCCAAAUUCGUGGGCAUAAAGUCACCGAUCCCUUACCUAUGGAGGAAGUACGCAAGCGGAAAACGCCUGAGGUACGGAAUGAACUUCGCGUACGGAGGAACCGGAGUCUUCAACACAUUGGUCCCUUUACCGAACAUGACUACUCAGAUCGAUUUCUUACAACAGACCAUCCGUGAAGGCGUUUUCCGCCGCUCCGAGUUUCAGUACUCUGUCGCUCUCGUCAGCGUUGCGGGCAACGACUACUCUGCUUACCUUGCCCGCAACGGCUCCAUCGAUGGUUUCCAAACAUUCAUAAAGCAAGUGGUUGAUCAGACGGCGUUGAACCUGAAGCGGAUCCACACCUUAGGAGUGAGGAAGAUAGUCGUUCCGGCGUUGCAGCCACUCGGCUGUCUUCCGAGAACCACCGUCGCUUCCUCGUUCCAGCGGUGCAACGAAACGUUCAACCUCCUCGUCAACGUACACAACACGAUGCUGCAACAGGCCGUGGCAAAGCUAAACAACGAGACAAAGGGCUCGACUUUCAUCGUUCUUGAUCUGUACAACGCCUUCUUGACCGUCUUCAAGAACAGAGGCGAGCACCCAGGAAGUACGACGUUUGAAAACCCGUUGAAGCCAUGUUGUGUCGGAGUGAGCAGCGGCUAAAACUGCGCGAGCGUAGAGAAUGGAGUGAAGAUGUAUACUGUCUGCGAUAACCCGAAAUCCGCCUUCUUCUG